AUGUGGUCGAAAGUGGUGGGCCUCCUAAAGAGGAGCGUCCUGCUGAUUGCCACGAUUAUCAUAAUGGUUGUCUGUCUCAUCUGCGUCUCCUUGCUGUCGGGCUACAAUCAUAAAACGAAGAAAGUGGAGGGCAUUGUGAUACACUCGUUUCUGGUGAUGAUAUUUUUAUUCGUGCUUUGCGACCCAAUCAAGUUCCUGAUUCUGGCCGUGGACAGGGCUUGGUGGCCGCGUCGUCGCGACAGCUACUCGGUGGAUCGGACUGCUAUGAUUCAUACGCGCCUGCACUACCUGAAGAUGAGGCUGAAAAUUCUGCGCUCCCAGCUGGUGGCCACGGACAAGCACUGCAACGAGUCCCUGAAUCUGCUCUACCAGUCGAUCGCAAAUGACCUUUGGCUCUACGGCAGGUACUUCUUUCUGCUGAUGUGCCUGGUGCUGGUGACCUGGGACCAAUUGCUCUGCUACAAUACCAAGCACAUGGAAUCACUGUUUGUGCGCAAUAAUUCGCACGGCUGGGGACUGGAGAAGGUGUAUUCGUUUGAUGACUUCUAUAAGUUCCUGGAGUCGACACUUGUGGAGCCCUUUGACCCAAACUUCGAAGAGAGUGGAUCCAGAUGGUGGAUCUAUGGCGAUCAUACCAUCAAAUUGGGAGGUGUUCGGUUGCGCCAGCUGCGUGUCAAAAAAGGCUAUCACAUGGGCUGGAAAGAUCUAAAGUAUGAGGAUAGGGACUAUAUGAGCCAAUGGGAGCUGCCCUAUCAACGAUUGCCGUACACGAAUAAAUAUUGGAAAAUCUUCACACCCUGGCUGUCCAUAUAUCCCACCCUUACCUCCGAGGAAAAGUUUUUUUUGAACUUUGGCAAUCAGGGCUAUGCGCACGACUUCAGUGAACUCUACGGCUACGUAACGCUGCUCGCACGCACCGCCAAAAGCAGCCGGCUGGUCAUUCAAUAUUUGAAGGAUAAUAAGUGGCUAACACACUCGAAGACCUGCGCCAUAUUCAUGGACUUUACGCUCUUCAAUAUGGACGCAAACAUGUUCACCGUGGCCACGCUGGCCCUCGAGAUGACGGCAUACGGAACGAUUGAGUAUGCCGUGCACAUUGAGAGCUCCAAACUGCUGAUGCUUGAUGAGUUUGAUUCGCUACUCAAGAUACUGAUAGUGUUCCUUUAUAUACUGGUCUUUGUGCAGUUCGGCAAGUCGGUCAUCAUCAUGCUCUGGUGCGAGCCGAAAAAGCUGCGCAGCACAUGGAACAAACUAGAUUUGGUGAUCAUCCUGCUGAACAUUGCGCUGAUCUGUUUGCUGAUCACACAUCAGAUCCUAUUGAACAAUCGGCUGCUGAGCGUGGAGAAUGCCAGCGUCCUAGUGUUCCUCGACUUUCGCAUUCCGGUCCGUGUGCACAUUGCAAUCGAGGUGAUCCUGGGAUUUCUCGUUUGCCUUACCACGCUGCGGUUGUGGCGCGUCCUGCAGUUCGCCAGGGUAUUCCAAUUGAUAGCAGCCACGCUGUAUGCGGCCUGGAAGGCGUUGGCCAGCACGGCCAUGUUAAUAUUGAUAUUUCUAUUUGCCUUCGGCAUGGCCGUGGGCAUCAUAAAUGGCAACUAUACGAUCGGAUUCGCUAGCCUAACGAGGAGCAUUAUCUCGUCCGUGUGCUUCGCCUUGGGCUUUAAGCGCCAAUUGAAUCCCGCCGAUCUGCUGCACGGCGGCGUCUAUCUUGGCCUUAUUUUCUACGUUAUUCUGGCCUUUUUCAUUGUCAUUGUGAUGAUGAAUCUGUUUAUCACAACGCUCAGAGAUUAUUUCGGCCAUAUUCGGCGAAAAAUGGAAGCCAGAUUCGUCUUCAAUCAGAUCACUUUUCUGCAAUUUCUACGCGCCGAAUAUGCGCCAAUUUUUCGGUACUUUCUCGAGCUGCCCUGCUUUAAGAGGGGCUACAAGCGUCACAAUCGCACAGUCCACCAGAACAUCGAGAUCGCAUUGCAGGCCAGAUCGAAGGGGUACAAGCCAAAGCUGGUGUUCCACGCCCAAAGCGAGGAUCACCUCAAUCAGUUGAGGAACAUCGAGAAGAAGGAAGAGCAAUUGAAGCACGACAAGUACAAGGAACGCAUCGAGCGAAUGCACACGAUUGCGGCUCUCAUGCAGACGCAAUUGGAAUUGCUCAGCCACUUGCUCUUCACUGAGGCGAUGUUAGCUAGAGACUCCGAGGACUCAAUGUAUGAAGCUUCGGACUCUGCGUCUGAGCAAGAAGCCAAGUACCGUAGAUAA